AUGGAGAGGACUAUUCUACAAAUAGAUGAAGGUGGUGUUACAUAUAUGAGAAAACAUCCAUUCAAAACUACAAUGGAUUACAUCUUGAAUGAAAGUGAUAUUAAUGAUGAACUUAUAUCUAAAUCUUAUGAGAUUGAUAAAUUUAUUCACUAUGCAUCUGAAUUUAAAUUUAAGAAAGGAUUAUAUAUUGAUGUUCAAAUAGCACAGUACAAAAUUGCCAGAGGAGGAAGCUAUAUAAAAACUCCAAAAGGAUUAGCUAACAAGAAGGCAACUAUAAAUCUUGAUUGCUGUUAG